GGAGAAUCAUGCUUAAUUUAGCCACCGGCGAAACAGGGUUGAAAGGUUAUCCAGUAAUUCCACUGAAAACAGGGAAUCAAAAAGAAAGUUUAUCCAGAGUAACGAUUAAUUGACGGCGGCACAUAUCGCCUUCCACCACAAGCCCGGCGAGCAGCGCUGAUCAUUCCUUUCCAGGUUUCCCCAAACUAAAGGCUACCCUUUUCGUAUUUGCCUUCUCUCGUCUCUUUGCUUUGCUUGCAGCUGCCCACCCCGCUCUCCAAUGCAUCCGCCCCAUCCCAUCUCUUCACUCCUUCACGCUUAGCAUCUGAUUCUCUCCAUCUCUCCCAUCUCAACAACAGAAUCGUCCCCUCACCGCCAAUGUCUAAUUUUUUGCCAAAGCCUUCUGUCGAUUCGGUUGCCUGAACUCGGAGAAAAACAACUCGGAGGUGUUUUUCUCCGUUUCCCCGCCAACCGACUUUCGCCCUGGAUCGUGGGUUUCUAAUUUCUAGGGCUGGAUUAUGAGUUUGUGACUGCCUGUGAGUUAUGUCUGCAGUCUGAUUGGUGAUUGAAAAAAGAGUAGGGUUUCUGAGUUGGGAGGGGAAGAUGACGGUUCCAUGGGGAGGUAUCAGUUGUUGUUUGAGUGCGGCUGCCCUCUAUUUGCUCGGCAGAAGCAGCGGCAGGGACGCCGAAGCACUUAGGUCCGUCACGAGAGUCAAUCAGCUGAAGGAAUUAGCAAAACUAUUCGAUGUCGAGAACAAAGUCCUGCCUCUGGUUGUUGCGAUAUCAGGAAGAGUUGGAGCUGAGACACCAAUAAAUUGUGAGCACAGUGGCCUGAGAGGUGUUAUAGUGGAGGAGACGGCUGAACAACAUUUUCUUAAGCAUAAUGAUUCUGGUUCCUGGAUUCAAGAUUCGGCCUUGAUGCUAUCAAUGAGUAAAGAGGUGCCAUGGUACCUGGAUGAUGGAACCGAUCGUGUAUUUGUUCUCGGGGCCCGUGGUGCCUCUGGUUUUGUGUUGACUGUGGCAAGUGAAGUCUUUGAAGAGUCAGGACGGUCGCUCGUACGUGGAACACUAGAUUAUCUUCAAGGCCUGAAGAUGCUUGGAGUGAAGCGAAUUGAGCGAGUACUUCCAACUGGUACCUCAUUGACUGUAGUUGGCGAGGCUGUCAAAGAUGAUAUCGGGAAAGUUCGGGUUCAGCGUCCGCAUAAAGGUCCCUUUUAUGUAUCUCCAAAGACCAUUGAUGAACUCAUUGGCAAUCUGGGGAAGUGGGCAAGGUGGUAUAAGUAUGCCUCAAUGGGGUUGACAGUGUUUGGUGCUUUUCUGAUUGCUAAGCAAGCCAUAGAUUAUAUCAUGGAGAGAAGGCAACGUUUGGAGUUGCAGAAUAGAGUACUUGCUGCUGCUGCAAAAAGAUCAGGCAAUCAAGAUGGUGAAGGUGCAAAUGGAGUGGCUGAGAAUGGAGCAGAUGGUUCUAAGAGAGAACGUCCCAUUCCAGAUAUAUGCGUAAUAUGUCUCGAGCACGAGUACAAUGCUGUGUUUCUCCCGUGUGGGCACAUGUGCUGUUGUACAACUUGCUCUUCACAUCUCACCAACUGCCCACUUUGCCGGAGACGGAUAGAACAGGUGGUUAAGACCUUCCGCCACUGACAAAACUUCGAGAAAGAUGGUAUACAUGUAUCCGGUCGCUAUUCAAGGACAGACACCAGGGAGUUGUUGAAAUUCUCAGAGCCUUAUUCUAAGGAAGAGCUUUCGUUCGUUGUGUAAAGCUGGCCAUUGCGGAUCUUAAGUUCAAUUUAGUUUCAUCCAGAUACAGGGGUGUAUAAUUGGUCUUGAUGGAGAGAGUUUGUCAGUAGAACUGUCUGUGGCCACUUAAGAUCCCCUAGACAACAGUUGUCCGGAGACUGUAUGUAAAUGAUCUGUAAGGAAAUUAGUUGUAAGGUCACAAUUUGUGCAUUGAUUUUUGACGAUGAUUGUGUGGGUUCGGGUGGGAUUGAUUACCAGAGAAGCAAGAACUGGACCUGUAAGAUGGUGAAGUUGCCGUGGCUAUUGGCUUAGGGAGGGCCUAUGGGAUUCCACAUUCAAUACGCUGCCUUUUAUAUCGUCGUUGCAGCUCGUUUGUACAAUUUGCUCACUCUUUUCUUGGAAAACGUCUCGUCACCUUAGCGGACAGAACACUUAAAAUCC